UCCACCAUGGGCCUUACCCGCCGAAUCCCACCACAGCGAAAAUGAUGAUCGGCGAGUCCCGCCACCACCCCCUCCACCCCACGACGGUGUGCAUCCCUCCUCCGCUGUGGCCGUCCCUCGACGAUCCCGCCGACGAGAUCUCCCCCGCCUUCGACGCGGACCACCUCGCCGCCGCCGCCGCCGCUUCUAGUCCGUACGCUCUGCAGGACAUCAUCGCGGCGCUGCGCCGCCACCAGUCCGACCCGGACUCCGACGGCCCCGACUCGCCGGUGGACCUCUACACGUCCGACCACUUCCGCAUGUACGAGUUCAAGGUCCGGCGGUGCGCGCGCGGCAAGUCCCACGACUGGACGGAGUGCCCCUACGCCCACCCGGGCGAGAAGGCGCGGCGGCGCGACCCGCGGCGCCACGGGUACUCCGGCGCGGCCUGCCCCGACUUCCGGAGCGGGCAUUGCCCCAUGGGGGACGCCUGCGAGCUCGCCCACGGCGUCUUCGAGUGCUGGCUCCACCCCUCGCGGUACCGGACGCAGCCCUGCAAGGACGGGCUCAACUGCUCCCGGCGCGUCUGCUUCUUCGCCCACACGCCCGAGCAGCUCCGCGUCGUGCCGGGGCAGCAGCAGAGCCCGCGGAGCGUCGAGUCGCUGUCCUCGUCCCCGCCGGUGUCGCCGAUGUCGCUGUCGCUGUCCCGGUCGCCGUUCCGGGCGGACCCGAUGGGCGAGAUGGUCGCCUCCCUCAGGAACCUGCAGCUCGACAAAGUGAAGUCCAUGCCUUGCGGCGGGUCCACCUCCGGGUCGCCGAGGGCCUCCAGGAUCCGACCGGGGUUCUACAGCAUGCCCACGACGCCGACACAGUCCACCCCGACGGCGCGCGGGCUGGGGUGCCUGGAUUCCUGGGAGAGCCCUUACGAGGAAGAGCCGGCGAUGGAGAGGGUGGAAUCCGGCAGGGGCCUGAGGGUGAAGAUGUUUGAGAAGCUGAGCAAGGAGAGCUCGUUGGACACGGCACGACCUGAAUCCGAUCCUGACGUCUGGUGGGUAUCGGACCUGGUCAAGUAAAAGCGAUAUCUUGUCUGCGUCUUCCCUCUCUUCCGCUGUGAAUAGCAUCUGAAAGGGGAGUAGAGGGAUGAGAACCGGGUAGAAAUGCUAAUGAUUUCAGACUGAAGUUACUGUACAUAUAUGGUGUAACUGACGGACGGCAUGAUGAAGCGAACUUGGCAAGAUGGUUCCGAUUCCAGAGGAGGAAGACGAUCGGCAACGUUUCGAGUCGAUGAAGAGCUGAUUCCGAAUCGCAGAGGAAGUCUUGAUUUACAGGUCUUCAUUCCUCGUUUCGUUCUCGACUGUUCUUGUUCUCCUUGGAUCCGACCGAAGGAGGAGGUCGCAGGAGCCAUGGUUGAUGGUCGUGUCUUGAUGCAGGGUGAUGUGGAAGGAGGUUUUUGUUCUUAGUAUUCAUCGCCGUCCGGUAUCGCGACGCUCAAAAGAACUGUCCGAGGUUUUCAGAUUCCUUUGCUGAUUCUGGGUAAUCUAUGUAUAUUUUGUCUGGCAGAAGGAGGAUUAUGGUAUUGAUCUAUUAAAAUCCUCUCUUGCUUGUUCUUUUGUCCUUUUUAUUUGUCUUAACCUAAACUCAUCCAAGCUUUUUUUAAAGUUCAUAAAAGUGUGUCGUCACAUGAUUUCCAUGUAUGGGAGUUCAUGUCUGUAAGAUAAAAGAUCUUUAUUUUUAUAUUGUCGAUUUUAGCCAAGAGUGGAUUUCAAUGAUAGUGGAAUCCAAUUUCAAUCG